CUCUACACUAUAAAACCGGCUUGGGUCGUACAGGCCGUGCAAGUGUGCUUGCUAGCAACAGAAUUGCUAAUCAGGAGAAGAAAAGGAGAGCAUCCAGCCAUGGCAGAGGAGAGGAGCCCCCUGCACCUGCCUCACCACAAGGAGGAGGACAAGGAGGGGGAGGAGAAGCAGCACGGUCACGACCACAACCAUGGCCACGGCCACGACCACAGGGAGCACGCCGGCGGGAGGGGGCUGGACAUGGACCUACCGGCGUACGUCAACAUGGGCUCCAUCACCACCGCGGGCGUUCUCGACUGGAGGUACCAGAAGGCGACAGGGGAGAAGAGGCCGGACAAGGUGAUCGGAUUGAUCAGCGCGGAGCAGGCCAAGGAGGCCGAGCGCAGGGAGGCCGAGGAGCGCAAGGCGGAGGAGGAGGAGGGCGGGGCCGCCUGGGCCAAGAACAAGAAUGUCUACCAGUUCUGAUCGCCGCCGGGCGCCACGCCCAGCCGUGAAUCUCGCGGCAGAUAGUGAUCUGAACGGAAAAAGUUCGCGAUUGAUGAUGGUUAUUUUUUUCUACCGCGCAUACUGUAUGGCAUGCCUGUAUUCACUGCUCAUUUUUCUUGUUUUGUCAAAAGCUUGUCUCGUUUCAGAGUGCUGCAUGAUGUUUCAUCGGUGUUAUUUUUAAUCGUAUCGUGAUGUUUUGUUGUGGAUCAGUAAAAUAAGUGAGUACUCGUCA